CCUGGGAGGAUCCACUGAGACACCUCACUGGCAUCUAGAAAUCCAUCCUGACGAGACAGGAUACAGUCUGUUAUUCCUUACACACACAGAGACUCCUUUUAAAAUAACUCAAUGAGAUGUCUGCUGAUGUUGCGCAAAAAGGCAGACUUCUUGAUCAAAAGAAAUCAUAAUGUCACACCAAGCAUUAUGCCUUCAUCAUGCCAAGAAUCAUGGAAGAGGAAGGCAGCAGAGGCGUGUGCUCUUGGACACCCAUGUGAGACAAACACAGAGCCUGUCAGUAAGCUCAGACCCUCACCUGGACCACCACGCCUUUCAUGUGGUCGUACUCCUCAGGGUGGAGGAAAGCUGUGAACUCCUCUCUGGUGGCGAUGCCGUCGCCGUCGCGGUCCGCUGUCCUGAAGCGUCUCUCGUCUCUGAGGCAGCAAAAUAGAGUCAAGAGGAGUGGGAUGAGGAGAAAGUAAAAGAGGAAGAGGAGGAGGAGAGCCCUGGAAAGAGAAGAAGGAACGUGAGAAGCCAUCCUCUCAGUACAAGUUGUGUUCGCGCGCACUAAUUGGACAAUCCAGGGGUCAGGGGUCAGAAGCAGAGAGGCUGUGUGCUUAUGAAGGGGAGAGGUCAUGAGUGAGAAGCUCACCAUGUUGAACCUACAGAGCAACUCCAGCUGGACUGGAACACACAACUGGUACCAUCAACCAAACACCCUUCCUCAGCAUGGAACAGAUGGUUGUUUGGUGGAGGAUGUAACCGUGGGGAUGGUGGGAGGAGAGGGUGUGCAGAGGGAUGAGGUGGAUGAGUCUCAGCUCCACCUGCAGCUGAAGCGGAAGCUGCAGAGAAACCGCACCAGCUUCACCCAGGAACAGAUCGACGCGCUAGAAAAAGAAUUUGAGAGGACACACUACCCCGAUGUUUUUGCCAGAGAGAGACUGGCAGCUAAGAUAGACCUGCCGGAGGCUCGCAUUCAGGUGUGGUUCUCCAAUCGGAGAGCCAAAUGGAGAAGGGAGGAAAAGUUGCGCAAUCAGAAGAGGUCUGGGAGUGGGACCUCCUGCUCUGCUCCUCUCAGACCCCUCUCUGCUCCUCUCAGCACCUCCUUUAGCUCCAGUGGCUAUCACUCUCACCAUGGCAACUCUUCAGGUUCCAUGCACAGUCGUGGUGACCCCUCUCUCUCAAGCUACGGCUCUCUGGCAGUUUUCUCCAACAUGCAGUCGCUGUCUGCCCAGUCAGCUCCCUCUUACUCCUGCAUGCUCCCCCCCUCCCCCUCAGCCCCACCCCCCCUGCCACGCAAGUUUGACUCCUCUCCUUACCCUUCCCCUCUCCUCCCUCCCUCUCACUCUGCCAGCUCCAGCUCAGGCUAUCUUUCUCCUGGAGUGUCUGUACCGGUACCAGGAAGUGAGCAGGAUUUGGGUCAGUACUGGACCAGACUGCAUUGAGACGAACACUUUGAUUAUUCAUCACAACAUGAUUCUGGAUGCUAAAUGGAAACCCACCAGCAACCAAUCACAUCCCAGCAGCCAGCCUAACUCCACUACUUGGAGCUUUAACCCAAAGUCACACCACGGAGCAGGAUACUUCUAAAUACCUGGCAACCCACAUAGAACAGGGAAUUACUGUUUGCUAGAGAGCUAGUAAGAGGUACAAACCAAUUAACUGUGGCCAAUGAACUGACCCUAACCUGACCUUCAACAUAACCUAACAUCCCUAACGCCUAGCAUAUGACCAACUUGACUUGACAUUGUAACAGAAGGUCCAUCCAUUGUACGCUCCAAAAUAAUAUUACAUACCAGCUUUUUUGACUGAGGAUGUGGCUGUUAAAUAUAAUUGUACCUUCUCGUGAUGAGCUUCAACAACAUGGCAUGGACAUCCCAGCAUCACGUGUCGCUUGUUAGUGUUGCUUCCUUCCUCACGCACAAUCCAGGUUUCGAUCUCGAGUCCUCUGACUCACUCAUCUGACCACUAGAGUCAGCGACGCCAGCCAGCGAAAAGCAAUACGAUUGGGCGGGUGGGCGGUAUAUGACGAUUAUCUUAAUUUAAUAUAUGUUUAUGGUGGGAUUCUAAUCAUCGGUAAGGUUAUAACUAACAACUUGUUUUAACUGUAAUCAGAAUCAGGUACACGAACAUAGCACGUACAGUAGUAGGCUAAUCCAAAAAUGUAGCCUAUCUAAAAUGUCCUGGGUAAAUAUACAAGCGAAAUGACAUGCAAUAAAACUGCAUAUAGAAGAAGAAUUGUUCCCAUAACUUGCAUUGUAUGAUGCUAAUUACUCCAUCAGGAAAUUGGGCCCUAUUUGUCCAGAAGUGGCAGAAGACAAUAAGUGUCUGGGCAAUAUCCCUUCCCAUCACAAUAACUAGGGUUUGAAAAGGGCCAAUGACAAUUAGGUGUCAGUACUUCCUUUGGUGAACACAUUUAAUAUGUGUGGUGUACUCUUGUUAGCAAGCAUACAGCCUGGUUCUAUUUAUCUUCUUGUUCUUUCAUUUCAGAAUGCACGACUGGUGUUAGGGGAUGUUACAAAUUCACUGAUGCUUAAACUCUGCCAACUUGUUCAAUAAAUAACCCUUUAAAACAGGGGCUGCAGGAAGAUGUGACAACACAGCCAAGAAAUCCAGUUUGAUUAGUCUGAAAAGAACCUUUAAAUCUUUUGAUUGACUUUCUUUGUCUCCUUUAUCUUAAACCCUGUUGCACUGUUGUGAUGUUGAUGGUACAUUGGGAGGAUUCACUACUGGAGGAAUUCUUCAAGUAUUUGCAUUCAUGUCGUUUAAGAAAUCCCUCCUGACACAACAUAGUAUUUAUAGACUUGAUAUAGCCAAUGAUCAACUUGCACAAAUGACAGCCAAUGACAAUCACAAAAAGAAAUGAAGAUGCCAAAUGACAAUCAAGCACAGAGGCCCAGUGCCAGUCUGUGUUUGCAUUGGAGCCACCACUCAUGGCCCAACAUGGACUUAUUUAACCAAUGACAAUCAGGGUUUGUGAAAUCAAAGAUCCAACAACAGCUAAAGACUAUCAAAUCUAGUGAAAUAUUGACGUUACUGUGAGUUUCUGUUUUUUGUUGUAUCUCUGUUACCAUUCCAUUCCUCAUUUUGGAUUCAUCCUUGUCAUUUUUACAUUACUAUACUUCACUUGGACAUACGUAGCUAUAUGAGUGAAAGAGUGAGUGGGUGAGUGAGGGUUUAUGGUGACAUUUUGUGUAUGUAAGUAUAUCUGUGAAUGUGCAAUGUGUGUUCUGUAUAAUUAGGCAACCAACAUGUUUUGUGAAAACCCCUUUUGUCAGAUUGUAAAAAUCAAGAAUAAACUUAAAAUUUGUC